AUUACAAUGUGUGGAUUGAAUCCACGUAAAAUAAUCAGCUUGUCCAUGUUCCUACAGUAUUUACUCGCUAAAUUCGAACCGAACCACAACAUUACUUUAUAUACUUCUACAAAAAGCCUCUUAAACAAACAGUUUUUACAAAAUGGUUCGAGUUGUUGUGAGUUCCAACUGUCUUUGCUUGUAUUUACAGUUUAUGAGAUAAGUUUUCCGAGGAACCCUGAAGGCAGCAACAGCACAGCUACAUGGAAGAGUCAUGCUUUCCUCUGUGUUGUGGUCAUGGCGAAACAGUACGACGUUUUGUUCAGGUUGCUCAUGCUCGGAGACUCGGGGGUCGGGAAGACAUGCAUGUUGCGCAGGUUCACGGAAAGUGAAUUUCAUCCUUCACAUAUUUCCACCAUCGGAGUUGAUUUUAAAAUGAAAACACUAGAACUAGAUGGACUCAAGGUGCGAGUACAGAUAUGGGACACGGCCGGUCAGGAACGUUAUCAGACCAUCACCAAACAGUACUACAGGCGUGCACAGGGUAUCAUCUUUGUAUACGACAUCACCAACGAGCCGUCAUUCCAGCACCUCGUGAAGUGGGCCAGUGAUGUGGAUGAAUAUGCCCCAGACAAGGUGCAGAGGAUCUUGGUAGGGAACAAGUCUGAUGAGGAGCUCGGGAGGCAGGUCACAAAGGACCAAGGAAGCAAGCUAGCAGAAACCUAUGGGAUGGAGUUCUUUGAGACCAGCGCCUCCACCAGCAGCAACAUCAGUGAGUCCUUCACUCGUGUGACAGAACUGGUGCUGCAGGCUCACAAGAGAGACGAGGACAACUUGUUGGGAUCCCUCGAUGAUUAUCUGGAGAAUGCUGCUUUGGAAGAAGAGAUAGGCAGUGAAGGCACCGACGACAACACGAAGAACACCUGCGCCUGUUAGAAAGAGGGCCAUAACAGUACCAUGGCUCAUCGCUAAAGACUUUUGUUCUCCACUGUGACUUGACUCUUGCCUCCUCUGCAUUCUUCAUAGAUACUAUAACCUGUUGACCUGGAGGGUGCUCUAUUGGUUUCACUUUUUGUAUGUUGGUGGUGUAAGUGCAGUUAGCAGCAGCAACCAGCAGAGGGCACACUCUGUGUCAUGAUCACUGAUCCCUGUAGCUACAGUGCAUGAAGGUAGCUGUGUAUCGAGCAUAACUAUCAAUGCACACGCUGUCUUCAUUUUCAUGCACUAUUCACUUACACCUACAUAUUAAUUGAUAACAUGUGGAUCAAUAUCCAAGGAAAUCUGUUUAUUAAGUUGCAAAGAUUGUAUAUGCUCCAACAAGGUAGCCAGAGGACAGAGUUGAAUUAUUUACACCUCGAAACUCAAACCAAGCAGGGUUGGAUUAUUUUACACAAUGGGCUUAUUUCCUGAAGGGAGACAGUGUUGUGCCAUGUUAAAUGACCUUUAUGAAUGCAGGGUUAUCCUGAGUGUAUAUGUAUAUGUGCAGUUUUGUUUUAUGAAUGUGGCUGGCGUUGCCAACUGUAUAUUACGUAUUUAAGCAGUGUUACUGCGACUUAAAAUCAUGUUUUCAGGGUCUGCUUUGGUGCCACAUAUGUCAUUUUAAUGUAAUAUUUGAAACUCAAGAAUGUUGCAAAAAAAGUCGUAGCAGUGUAUAAGUUAAUACAUUUGAAUUGCCAUAUUUAAAACAAAUUAAAUGGUCAUCUGAG